UAUUAUAGUGUCAAUAGGCCGGCAAACGUCAUGUAGGUCACACACACACACACACACACACACAGAGAUCAGGAAGUGCUGUCUUAAGUUCUGUGCUAGUCGGCGGAACUGGCUGUUUGAUGUGAGGAUGUGUGUGUGCAGAAGUGUGUGUGUCGAUGCACAUUAAUAAAUGAUCUAAUGACUUUGGUCUGCUGAUGCCCUGAACACCCCCGAAUGGGCCCCAACAUUCAAGUGCAUCAUGGGCUCCAGGAUAAAAGAAAACCCUGAAAAAACGUUCUACUGGUUCUUUCAAGCCUCAUGUCCAAUUGCCAGAGAUAAAGAUCCUGAUGUGCUGUUUCAGUUCCCUGAAGACUUUAAUGAUGAGGAGUCUCUGCAGUCCUUGCCUCGCUUCUGCUUCCCUUAUGACAUCGAGAGGGUGAAGGAUAUUGUUGCCGUGCAGCAUUUCACAUUCGUCCUGACCGAUCUGGAAGGAUGUCAGCGCUUCGGUUUCUGCAGACUCACCUCCAGCUCUCAGACCUGCUUGUGCAUCCUCAGUUAUUUGCCCUGGUUUGAGGUCUUCUACAAACUUCUGAAUAAUCUAGCCGACUACUCAACGAAAGGACAGACCAACGAGAUGAAAGAGCUGCUCUCGGUGCUCCACAAGCACCCCGUGCCUCCGGCCAAUGGCUCCAUCACGCUGCAGAUGGGAGGGAAGCUAAUGAUUGGACGCAGUAUGCCUGGCAUGUGUGGGCACGCCUCUAAAGGGGAGGAGUCAGAGGGGAUCCCGUACUUCAUCGCGCCAGAUCCCAAAGCCCUGCCCUCUAUUCCAGAGAGUAGGAACCUGACGGAGCUGGUGGUGGCGGUGGAUGUGGGAAACCUGCUGCAGCUCUACGCCAGCAUGUUGUUUGAGAGACGGAUCCUCAUUUACUGCAGCAAACUCAGCACUCUGACGGCCUGCAUACACGCGUGUAAUGGGAUGCUGUACCCCAUGUACUGGCAACACAUCUUCAUCCCAGUGCUGCCUCCUCAUCUGCUGGACUACUGCUGCGCACCGAUGCCGUACCUCAUUGGAAUUCACUCCAGCCUGGCAGAGAGAGUGAGGAGUGGAGCUCUGGAGGACGUGGUCAUACUGAACGUGGACACCAACACCCUGGAGUCGCCCCAUGAGGACCUGAAAAAGAUUCCGGCUGACGUGGUGGCGGGACUGAAGGUCAGGCUGAAGAGACAGGCGGCAUCGGCCGGGUCAGGGGUCGCGCACGCUUUCCUCCGAGCGCAGGCUCUGCUGUUCGGAGGAUACAGGGACGCCUUACAGUCGUCUGCCGAAGGGCCGGUGGUGUUCUGCAACGAGCUGUUUCUCAGUCAUAAGUCUCAAAGCAUGCGGGAGUUUCUGGAGAGCGCGGUUCACCUGCAGUGUUUCAAAGAGUUUAUUGACGACCGGCUGAAAAUGCUGGUCCAGGGCAAAGAGCCGGAUGACGUGUUUGAGGAAGAGGUGCUUCAGUGUGGUGCUUCAUCUGGUGGCUCUAAACUGCGACGACAAUGGGUGGGAAAUUUAAAGAAAGGGGGUGGAGCUCUGAUUGUGACAUGGAAGACUACAGCGAACAAAGCAACCAAAUAUCACAGCAAAUUUGGGCUGAAAAACCUCCUGUCAUCAAAGGACCAAAGUGAGCCUCAUAUGCUACAGAGGGGCGGGUCUGUGUGUGGAACGCACACAUAUCGCCUCAUCCAAUCAGACUGCCUUCAGAAUCGUCUACCAAUCACACAGCACUUUGGCAGGUCUCGACCACGCCGGCCUACACGCAAGCAUCCCAGCCACCAGGGCAAUGAACAACAAACAGAGGACGACAACACCACCUAUGAGGACAAUGUAACAGAAAGUCCUGACCAGUGUUCAGGCACCAGCGACUUACAGGAAGAUGAUGAUCUCUCUCUCUUGGCCGACCCAGAGGAGAUGGACCUGCUCGGUGAGAUUUUCGACACGCUGAGCGCGCAGAGCUCCAGAGAGCCGGGUUUACUGUACAGCACACGCAGCCUCGACCUCUUCAGCUCCGACAGCAGUGAAUUCAUCUCACAUAAGAGUCUGACCAACCCAAGUCAGGAGAGUCUAAGUCCCUCUUUUGGAAACAGCGGAAGUCUCAUGAGCUGGGAGGAGGAGCUAGAGGAUGGGCCUGGUGGUGAGGGGGAGGAGCCUGAUGUCCUGAUUGACAGGCCAGAAAAUGAGCUAAACGAAUUAGAGAAGGACUUGACCGAGUUAGGGGAAAGUCUGUGUUCAGAUCUACAAAUUCUAGAAGAUGCUUCUCAGGAUCCCGAAGUAGGUUCUCAGGAGGAGCAAAAGGACAGCUGGUCGAAAAAUGAUGGACAAAUGAACGGAACAAUGAAGGAAAGCUUGAAAAGCUUGGAAACCGAGACAGUAGUUACAGAGAGGACAGAGAUGCAACCUGACAAAGAAGAAAAACUUCAGAAAGAGCAUAAGACGACAAAUGACUUGGGCCCAAACGGACCAACAAAUGAAGGAAUCACCUCUGCUGUUUCUCUCAAUGUAAAGAUAGACAAAAGAGAAGAGCUAGAUAAGAAGAGCAUUGAACCUCUAUCACCGAACAUUUUGUCUGCCGUAGCUCUGUUCCAGUCCAAGUCCUCGGCUGACACUUCUGGUUCCCCAGGGUGGGAUAAAUCUCUAAAAACUCCCAUCAGAACCCACAAAAUCAAUGUGGAACCAAUGACUGGCCUGCAGACUGAAGAACAAAGUAUGAAAUCGCCUGUUUCAUCAACACCAGAAGAACAAACCCAGGCUCCCAUUAAGGUCUCAGAACUGAAGAAGAGAUUUGAACAUUAGAUCACAAAUCAAGCAUACUGAAAAACUUCUUUAUAUUGUCAAUUACAAAUCUACAUGAAACAACACUUGCACCCCAAUUUUUUAUUUUUAUUUUUUUGAGGCAACAUUGCUGAGUCGAAUAAAAUUAUCCAUUGGGUUUUAAUUGGAUUGUGAAAGUUUGGCGUUCCAUACUGAACUUUGAGAUUGUGGAAGGUUAUUUGUCUCAUGUACUUAUUGGUUAAAACUUAACGCUGACAUCAGUCAAUAAAGUUGAUUCAAAGGAAAUGCAA